AUGGACCGCCAGGGAAAGAGGGCGAACCAGGGACCACGUGGUCCACCAGGUGAAAAAGGACAGCCGGGACGAGAUGGUGAUAACGGAAUCGAAGGUCCGCGAGGAGAACGCGGUUUUCCCGGUCUCAAAGGCGAGAAGGGACCACGUGGCGCAGUCGGCCCUCCUGGGCCACCAGGACCACGAGGACCUGCAUGGCCUUGCCAAAGUUGUCCUCCGCCACGUGUGUCCCCGGGUUACUAUAAGAAGUCUGUUAAGACCUGA